AUGCUUCAACGAUCCCUAAGACUUCUUGCCUUUGGCAAUCAUUUCGCAGUAUGGGUGUCUUCACUCAUAGUUACAGGCAUACUGUCCUAUUUCCUUGUCAAGUAUAAUCUCAGCAACAACGCUCAUAUCAUCUACCAAGAAGUCAUCGCUACCAUUACGCUGGGCGUCUGGACCUUUGGCAUGGUCUUGCCGCUCGUCAAUGCCUAUGGUGGCCAGCUUUGGCUUGCGAAUCAUAUUCUAUCCUAUCUUUGGCUCACUUCCUUCAUCUUCUCGGCACAAGACUGGGCUGGCGGUCGAUGCACGACGCAUGCUCCCACUUUUGGUAAAUGCGGGCUGAAGAAGACCGUUGUAGCAUUCAACUUUCUUGCCUUCUUUUUCUUACUGGCAAACAUCUUUGUUGAAGGAUUGUUGUUCCGGGCCCAUCGAGACACGCGUGUGCAUACCCCAGGUGUUCACAAGUCACGUCCCAGCACUGCAUCUGAAGGAAACACAUCUGCUGCCGUGUAG